UUAAUCUUUUUUCUUUUUCACAUUAUUAAUAUACCCAACAAAAAGAUUUCUCUUUCAUUUGUUUUCCUUGGGAAUGGUCAUCGUCUUGAUCUCUAGUACUUUCUGUCUUUUUUCUAUGUUCUUUCCUCAAAGUCUUAAAAAACAAUGGUCAUAGUCUUUGAUCCUAAUUGAAAUUCCAUGUAUAUAUACUAAUUCACACAUACAUAUCAUAUUAGAUUAUAUAUAUAUAUAGAUAGAUAGAGAGAAAGAGAGAGAUGGAAAGCUCCAUGGGAGUAGGGUUCAUGGCGGUUUUUGCAGUGACAGGAAGUGUUGUUCUUCUUGCUCAUCAAAUCCAUAAACGUGUCCUUUCUGACUUCAUGAAAGACAUUGAAUUUGAAUUGGGUCUUCGCAAAAGAAGCCUUGAGAUUGGGUCUUCUAUGAAAAGAACGAGCAGUAAUAAAACGGUAAAAUUUGCAGAAGAUGUGGUAGAACCGUCCUCAAACAACAAGGAGUAUAGGAAAAAGCAGAUGGAGAAGCGAGCUCAUCAUCAUAAUCAUCAACAUCCUAAGGCUGAUAUGCCAAUAAAUAGGCAAGUUUUGUAUAGAGGUAUCAUUGACUACAAACUUGGUCUUAAGAGCUAAGAAGGGUCAACAUGUUUUUUGAUCCUGCUUUUCUGUAAGUUUUUCUUUUAGGUCUUAAGUCCAUGUAUGGGUGUUAAGAUAAAGAAAAAAUAGGUUCAUAUCAAGGGGACUUGGAUGAAUACUUCAUUGUUAUGUAAUUUUGUAAAUUUUUGGAAUUCUCAAAUUUGAUUCUAUGGAAUCUUAAUUUGUAUAAGUGUAGGACUUUUAAUUAGGACGGUCAUUUUUUGGUUUGUUGUGUGGUGUUUAGUUGGAAUGUAAUUAUGGCUUUGGAUCAUUAUUCAAUGUAACGUCACUAUUAUAAUUAAUAUGUAAUUAUUUUACUUGGAAAUGAAAAGAUGGUGCAAUAUUCCAUAAUCCUUUUCAAUAAUGAAUAAUAGUUAAGAAAGUGUUUGAAAGUGA